CAGUUACUAAAAACAAGCAGCUGAGCGGAGCGAGCUGCUCUGAGCAGCUAGCGUGUGUGGAUGUUGUUGCUGUAGCUAACGUGGUCAUUUACUGGAGCUGCCCCAGGCCUCUGGCCCCCGGCGGAGCAUCUUAUCACCGCAGUCGCUUCCGUUGACCUUCAAUUUAUAACCGUGGCUGAGAGUCGAUCGCAGAAGUCGACUCGUGUUUGUGACCCCCCAGUGCCCAAAACGCAGCUAGCAUCUGCUAGCGGCGAAGCUAACGGCUAGUCGCUGAGGCGGCGAUGGAGUGGCGGGGCAGCGGAGCGUCGGUUCACCCCGGUGACGAGUGCAGCGGUGACUCCGCUUCGGCAACCAGGGUCCGCGGUGGCGGUCUUCCUCCUCGCCAGCAGCAGCCGCCGUCGUCACACCUCUGCGACUGCGCAAUGGCGUCGCUGUGCCAGAGCCAGCAGCGCUGCGUGAAGGCCUCCAUCGUCUCCAGCUGGAGACUGGCCGAGGCGCAGGACCAGCUGUGUUCCCUGGGGGUCCACAGCUCCGAGUCCCUGGAGCAGGAGCGUGCUCGGACAAUGGCCUGCCCCACGGAGCUCACGCACAUCGAGGAGGAGUGGCGGCGCAAGGAGAGCAUUCUGGGAGGUCGGGAACCAAAUCGCAGUCCCGUGCUCGGGGCUGUCGGAAGUUGGGAUGUUUUUGACAAGAGUAUCAUUAAUGUCCAAAAUCAGCCUGUUGAAAUGGAUCAGGACAAGUGCAUUACAUUUCUGCAAAAGUAUGAGAAAGAGCUCCGACAUUUUGGUAUGUUGAGGAGAUGGGACGACAGUCAGCGAUUCCUUGCAGACAUGCCUCAGCUCAUUUGUGAAGAAACGGGCAAUUACUUAAUUCUGUGGUGCAUGAAACUACAGCAAGAAGGGAAAGAAGCACUGAUGGAGCAGGUGGCGCACCAAGCUGUAGUCAUGCAGUUCAUCCUGGAGAUGGCUUUGAACUCUCAGCAGGAUCCCAGAGGCUGCUUCAGACAGUUCUUCCACAAAGCCAAAGAAGGACAAGAUGUUUACUUAGAAGUCUUCCAUACAGAGCUUGAGGCCUUCAAACGAAGGGUUAGAGAAUAUGCAGUCAACGCUGAACAACAGAAUACUGGAACAAACUGCAGACUUGACCCCAAAGACUCUUUGGACUCUUUACCCCCAGUGGCAGAGUACCCACUGAAACGUUGUAUAGAGGCUGGGCUGUGGACUAGCACAGUGAGGUGGACAAAGGACGACGCCACAGAAACAGAGGACAUACGCAUGAUGGAGACCUCCUAGUGAAUGUAGGAUUGGCCCCAUGCUUUGCUUCCAUCUCCAUCGUCUCCCGAUCUAGGAACAUCCUGAGUUAUAAGUCUCUUUCGACAGCAGGUCUGGCUCGUAAAAUGGCAAUACAGAGCAGGAAUAAUCAAGAGAAGAAAAAGUUUCUCAGUGUUUCUGUACGUACAAUUACUGGCUUCUGGCGGUUGGUUCCUGCAGUGUCUUUUGCCAGCUAAAUGUAUGCAUUGUGCCAUUACAUAUUGGCUGCUCGACCACAGUCUGACGCUUUAUCCCCAAUUGUCCGUGAGUGAGUGAUAAGCUGCUUUGAGACGUGCACUGAAGUCCGGACAGUUUCCCUUAUCUCUUCCGGAGGGGCUGUAUGUGAGGAUGCAAAUGUGGCUCCGAACAUUCUCUGGAUCUUUUCCGGCCAGCACCCUAGUCAAGUUUCCGGAGACUGUCCAAGUGAGCCCAUGUGAGACUACAGCUGGAAAAUCUCUGGAGAAUUCACAGUGGCCAUGUUAAUGACUGUUAACAAAAAAAAACAAAUUAUCGUCUUGUCCUGCAUGGUUCAUGUUCUACCCAGAUGCCGCGGAAUGUUCUGGAAAUGUUCCUGUCGGUGUGAACCUGACUCGGGUCAAUCUCCUGCUCUGUUCAUUAUCUGUGAAAGCAAAUGGCCCAAUUUUUGCAGACAUUUUCAAAAGUCUGUCUAAAAAACGGUUAUAGAAUAUAUAUAUUGGUCGGCUGGCAGAUCAAUCCUUAGAGAGUCCCCAGUAUUGUCACGUGAGUGAGAGGCACACCUCUGCAUAUGCAGGGUGUUUUCUGUGUGAGAGCGAGCUGCUGUCAAACCAAACCAAAUCAGUUAAACCGAAUAUUACACAGGUUUUCUCCCUUGUACAAAGUCUGUUCAAUGUCUGAUUGAGCCGACCUACAAGAUAAAGAGCUGAAAGCAGCUGACACAAGGCAGAAUGCAAGUGAUAACACCAUGAACAUGCUAAUUGAUGUAUUCCGGUUCCUCAACUGUUUUCAGCUAUGUCCUCAGUUUCCAACAUCGACCACAUAUGGUCCAGCCAUCUACUAGGCUUUGUCCGAGUCUUGUUUUUUUUACUACAUCCCCAUUUAAUUAUGUCAAGACUAGACGACCAUUUGGUAAAGACCGGGCGUCAUGUCUUUUAGAUCUGUUACAUAAGCCACCUCCUUCCAUUUUUAAUUUGGUUCACUACAGCUGAACUUGCUGGCUUUCAUGCUAAUCUGCAAAGAGCAGUUUGAAUGUAUAUAAUGUCUGAAUCUGUAAUAUAUACAGAUUGUGGUCUCCUGGAUUUGUGUUUUCUCAGGCCUUGACAUGGCCAGAAUGACAAGCCAGUGAAAGGUUGGAUUGAAAGCUCUUCUUUUAGUGGGUUAAAUUCACACUUCAGGCCUUUCGCUCUUUCAGGUCCACAAACUGAUUCGCAUGUUAAGGAGUUGCACACAAUCUCUCUGGCUCACUGUCGAGAGAGGAUUAAAAAUGCGGUACGUGUGAGUGUCAGUUGUCCGUUCCGUGACUCACAGUUGUCCGAACAAAACAAAACUUUUAAGAUCGUAACUUUUUGUGCAAAUGUUUUCAAAGGAGCUAUGUGUAAGUGUUUGCCAUUGCUGCAUAGCUGACGCCAGCAUUAACAACUGUUAAAGCUGACAACAGCAAACGUAAUUUCUUUACUCACCAAGAGUAGAGUCCAGACUGUCCUGAGAUAGAAGCUCAGAGGGUUAGCAGAAGUCGCGACAAGUGACUGCCACCUUCUCCCUGCAGGAAAUUACUAUCAGUAGAGAAAACUUAACAUUUUGGCACCUUUAACUUUUUUCUUAGCUUUUGUCAUAUGUAUUUGUUUUCACCUGAUUCUUGCAGUUCCUUCAUUUUUAUUUUUUUUUGCCAGAAAGCUACGGAGAGCAGCCAGACUUGUUGCUCAAAGUGAAGCAAGAGCUCGAGUGUUAAAUCAAAUUGAUAGGUUAUCUUUACAACAUUGCUUUAACAAAUGUUGAAUGGGAGUUUGUCAAUAACAAUGUGGCCUUACGUCGCUCGCUUUGAACACUGCUGAUCAGUAGGCGCACGAAGUUCAGAGCACGUGUUAGCUUAGUUUAUGGAUAUCAUGAAAGGCAGGAUAAGAUUGGUUUUACUGUUUAUGGUUUUCUUAAAAGAAUACUCCUAGUGUUGUCUGAAGAGGCUUAAGAAGCAAUUAAAGUGUGUCAGCUUGAACCUCCUUUACAUCUGCCGUUAACAUGCAUAUGUGGCAUUCAGAUUUCAUCUAGUGUUGAACUGCAGAAAACAUUUAUGAACGCAUAUAACACCUACAAAUGAGUCAUAAAACAGUAUCACUAGCUAAUAAUUUGAGUUUCCACAGAGCACAACAAUAAACAGUACAGUGUAUUCUCAAAAGGGAUUGUUGUGCACUUCAGUGGCUCUUCUUGUCCUGCUCUGUUUAAAUGUGUACAAGAUUAUGUUUGAUAAUAAUAAAACCAACCUUUAUUGUGUGGCAAAGCAUUCAGCACAUAAAUACAGACAGUGACAGGAACAUUAUCAGUCCAAUUUAAUGAGGAUGUGUGUGACAGUUUUAGUUCCAAGUGGAGAUAAAUUAUCCAAAUCCAGCUACAAUCCGGUGCAGGAGGCAUGGUAAUGUAAGGUGUAAAGCGGACACUAAAUUUGUCACGUAGUUUGAUUAUUCAUCAGUUGAAUAAUGCUCCCGUGGAAUUUGUAUCAGGUGUUUUCACAUCUUCUAAUUGUCAAAUUUCUACAGAGACAGAUGCAAUUUCGUUCAACCUUUAGUACAAGUGAUAAAAGUACAAAUCAUGCCAAAAUCAUAAAAUGUUUCCAGGGUGUGUAUGUACUUUGUGUAUUUAUUUUUUUCCCCUCCGGUUAAGUUACAUACAAAAACGUAAAACUUACUUGUAAUGUCUUCAGCGGCUUGCUGUCUUCUAUGUAGCAUCCUAAAGUCGCUCUGUGCAGACUGUGUGUGUGUGGUUUAAAAUCUCAAUUCAAGGAUCUACACCUGAGUAGGUGAUUUAAAAAGCUUGAGUAUGACGGUGAGGAAUAAAAAGGGCUGCGCUCUCCACCAAGAGACUUUUACAUUAUGCUUGUAUGCAGUAGGAAGCUCGCUGCAACUGAAUGUGUCCUGCACUUUAUAUUUCUCUUUUCAAAGCAAGUUUUUGUAGUUUUGUCACAUUUUUUUCCCGUUGUGCUCCAAGUCGUCCAGAGUUGAAUCUGAAAUUCUGAAUAUCUUCAUUGUACAAGCAAGGCUUACAUGAGCUUGUGGAUUGAACUGUGUGAUGUGUUAUUUUACUUUGUACGUGUAAUUUUCUAGUUUUUCUGUUGGCUUCUGUCUGUUCCGGGGAGCUUUUGCCAGAUUUAUCACACUUCCAAGUAACUGUCCCCUCGAGAAUCAUGUUCUUUUAUUUAACACGACGACAAAAUUCUGCAAGGUUUUCACCACAGACUGUGAAAUUAGAAGUAACGAUGCAUUAAAAUACAGUUCAUCACAA